CCCGGUUCCUUCCCUGAGCGGACCCGGUCCCUUUUCUGCAGCCGCCUCUCGCAGACAGCCCGCCCAGGAAGGCUCCCAUUCGCGAAAAAGGAGUACAAGACAACAGCUAAAUCAAGCUGCAACGUUCCCACCUGUCCUUUUUCCUUUCCUCCUCCUCCUUCCUCCUCCCUCCUGCACUGCAAACAACCACCCGCUCUUUUUUGACCACGACUUCACGAAGCCUCUUUUGUGAAUCGCGAGCGAAUUCACCUUCCCCGCCUCGUUUAGACAUCGACAGACUGGAGAGCUAGCACUCGUCAAUCCUCGGUUGCCGCUCCUUUCUUACGCUCGUUUAAGAACCCGUUCUUUUCUUCUUUCCGCACCACCACCACCACCAUGAAGGCUCUUAUUCUCGUCGGCGGUUUCGGCACCCGCCUCCGGCCCUUGACCCUGACCCUGCCCAAGCCUCUCGUCGAGUUCGGAAACAAGCCCAUGAUCCUGCACCAGAUCGAGGCCCUGGCCGCCGCUGGCGUCACCGAUGUCGUACUUGCCGUCAACUACCGGCCAGAGGUCAUGGAGAAGUCAUUGGCUGAGUACUCCAAGAGGUUCAACAUCAACAUCACCUUCUCGGUCGAGACGGAACCGCUGGGCACCGCUGGCCCCCUGAAGCUGGCCGAGGAGACGCUGCUGAAGGACGACACCCCCUUCUUUGUGCUGAACUCGGACGUGACGUGCGAGUACCCCUUCCAGCAGCUGGCCGACUUCCACAAGGCGCACGGCGAGGAGGGCACCAUCGUCGUGACCAAGGUCGAGGAGCCCUCCAAGUACGGUGUCGUCGUCCACCAGCCGGGACACGCCUCGCGCAUCGAGCGCUUCGUCGAGAAGCCGGUGCAGUUCGUCGGCAACCGCAUCAACGCCGGUAUCUACAUCCUCAACACGUCGAUCCUGUCUCGCAUCGAGCUGCGCCCGACGUCGAUCGAGCAGGAGACCUUCCCGGCCAUGGUCCGCGAUGGCCAGCUGCACUCGUUUGACCUCGAGGGCUUCUGGAUGGACGUCGGCCAGCCCAAGGAUUUCCUGACGGGCACUUGCCUGUACCUGUCGUCGCUGGCCAAGAAGGGCUCCAAGCUCCUCACGCCCACGUCUGAGCCGUACGUGCACGGUGGCAACGUCCUGAUCGACCCCACGGCCAAGAUUGGCAAGAACUGCCGCAUCGGCCCCAACGUCACGAUUGGCCCCAACGUCGUGGUCGGCGACGGCGUCCGUCUGCAGCGCUGCGUGCUGCUGUCGGGCUCCAAGGUCAAGGAGCACGCCUGGAUCAAGAGCACCAUUGUCGGCUGGAACAGCACCGUCGGCAGGUGGGCGCGCCUGGAGAACGUCACGGUCCUCGGCGACGAUGUGACGAUCGGCGACGAGAUCUACGUCAACGGCGGCAGCGUCCUGCCGCACAAGAGCAUCAAGGCCAACGUUGAUGUUCCCGCCAUCAUCAUGUAGAGAAGGUCUCGCGGCAAACGCUUAAGCCCGGCCACUCGCAUACCCCUCUGGCUCUGGGCGGCCAGCACCUCCUUCCUGGACCUUCCUCCCCGCGUCGGCCACAUUCGGUCUAUAUAACGUUUUGUACUCGUUCUCUUUACGACCUUUACGCGACUUCAUAAUGCAGCAUGGAGGGACACCACUAUGCGGAAUCGCGAUUACGGCACCCGCCACUCUCCCCUCCACCAUCUCCUGCGAGGCUCCUGUUCUUUUCUUAUUCGAUUCUAAUGUUUGUGUCGGGAAGGAUAUCUGCGGGGAAUAAAAGCCUGGGAGGCGAACGUCUGUGGCUCGGGCCUUUCUACGCCUGAAUUGUUCCAAGGUCGAUCAUAUAGUGGAAGCAUUUCCGUCAUGUUGUGGGAGGCAGACAAGACGGGGAAAGCAAAAACAAACCACGAAAGGUCUAUAAUUCAUGGGACAUAUGUGCGGCACUGGACUCUGAGGAGAUGGGCCGAGGAGAUACCAAAAUAGAAUCAAGAAGACAUGAAGCACA